AUGAACAAGGCCAAGAUGAUCUUCAAGGAAGUCAUUCCUAGAACACCUCUUAUUGUUGGGACAAUAGUGAAGCAUUACACACGAGGCCCGCCUGCCGAAGAGUGGACUCUGAAGCAGCACUUGACUGUCAACCUAGUGAAAGAUUUGGUGGGAAAGAUGCGUAAUUACACAGUAGAGGAUAUUCAAAAGAUCAAUCAGCGUCCUACUCCGCUGCCACCAGGCUUCAAAUCAAUUCCAUUCACCAUACCCAGUGAAUAUCGGGAAAGAGCAUUAGAGAAACUGGCUCCUUUAUUGGAGCCUUUUAAGACGGAGAUUGGGUGGGAUUGGCAGCAAGACCAAUGUGAUCCCAUUACGGGCGAAUGGAUUAUUCCCGAAGACUUGAUGAAUGACCAAGAUACACCCGAUAUCGACAUCCCUACACUCCUGUACUUUCCUGGUGGAGCUUAUCACAUCUGUUCUAUUCAAACGCAUCGGUUUCUCACCAGUAGAGCUGCAAAGCAUGGAAAAUGCAAGACGUUUGCUAUUAAUUACCGGCUAGCUCCCCAACAUCCUUUCCCGGCUGCUGUCAUUGAUUCUUUGGCAGCAUACUUGUAUCUUACUGACCCACCGGCAGAUGCAGGAUUCAAUGCUAUCGAUGUUUCCAAGAUAGUGAUGGGUGGUGAUUCUGCCGGCGGCGGUCUUGUCAUGGCCACAGCUUUAGCUAUUCGAGAUCUUCAGUUACCCGCGCCAGCCGGCGUGGUGGCAUUGUCUCCAUGGCUGGACUUGACCCAUUCACUGCCCAGUAUUUUCAAUUCUAUCGACACGGAUUAUCUACCGAAAGCUGGUUUUGAUUAUUUGGAUUCACCUGCUUUGGACUUCAGUAAAUUGCCACAAGAGAGAACCACUUUCCCCGAUGCUCUGGAUAUCGCUAGCGAAAACCCGACUGACACGGCCCAAGAGCCUGAGAUCAUUACAAAGACAGAAACCAUCAAUGAUCAAGUGGUGGAAAAAAAGCACGUCAAGCGCAUUCAACUUUAUGCUCCUAAUGAAGCCCUUAUGGUGCCAUACGUAUCUCCUGUGUUCGAUCCUCUUGGUCUACAAGGACUUCCGCCGUUGUUAAUCGAAUCCGGAGGUGCUGAGCGGUUGCACGACGAAGCUGUGUACGCUGCCCACUCAGCUUCACAGCAAGCCCCUGCCACAGCCAUGAAUGCGUGUCAACCUACCAAGGUCACGAUCAACGUCUAUGAAGGCCAGCCCCAUGUGUUCCAAAUGUUCGUCGACCUACAAGUUUCCAAGCAAUCUUUUGAAACCAUUGGAUCCUUCAUUCAGCAUGUCACCGGUGGCGAACAGGACGCUCAGCAUCGAUUUGAAAAACAGUUUGAACGAUUCAGUAUUAACGGAAAAGGCCAAAGUGUCGAUCUGACGGCAACGGAGUUUUCCACAGAAACAUGGGCUGAAUGGAAGAAGUUGCUUGCUAAUCCUAGCGUCGAGCAACGCAUGGAGGAAGCUAAACAAUAUGGCAUUAAAGUCAAGGGUGUUUAG